GUUUGUUGUGGCCCAUUCCUGUUGGAAAGUUCCUGAUCGUCAGUUAAAACUAUUCCUUGUGCUUAACGUUGAUUAAUGCCGGUUUCAGCAAGAUUUCCUCUACUUACUUUUUAAGAAAGCAAUCAAUAAAGAACGAGUCAUAAUGGCAGAAAGGCCGGCAGUAGGAAACGCCGUGGCUGGUCUCAAUUUUGUAGCAAAUGACCAGAUUUGGAAGGAUCACAUUAAGUAUGAAAUAGAUGCUUCCCGCAGGUGGCCACAUGACUGGGGUUUCUUGAGAACAAGUUAUAAAGACCUGGUAAAGGAUGACUUCCAAAAGAGAGAGGUGAAGAAGAUUGAGCUACCCCCACCCCUGACGCUGCCACCCAUCACACCUAUCUCAAGAUACAUCAAGGUCCUACCCUCACCGAAGCCGUACCCUCAGACUUCAAGCUCUCAAGUAGGCUGGAGGUCAGCACAUAACCUGCACAAACUAGAAAUAUAUGGGUCAUAUGCCAGACCUAAAGGUGGACUCGUGAAGCAGUUGAAUUGGCCAGCAGAGGGGAUCGAGUAAACUCAGAAACCCUUAGUGAGGGAUAAGUGAGCGGCAGAUGUCAACAUUUCGAAAUACUCUUUUUCAUGGCGUUCCGGGAAUGGUCUUGACUCAAGGGAAGGAGGUAUGCAUGGUGGUGAACUUGGUUAGAGUGCAUCUCGACAAGGAGAUCAAGUGAUGUGUGAUAACCAAGACGAAGACAAACCCAAUAUAGCGGAUGGUGACAUAAAAGAGGGAGCACGAGGCGACAGAGAAACUAAUGUUAAGCACCCAUAAAAUUAUGGUAACACUCUGCUUAAUCUUGUGUGACGGUUAGUCAACCCUAUAAUGCUUGGACUAAAGGAUCAACAAUGGAAUUUCAUUCCAGUAUUGCCGAAUUUCAUUUCUUUCAAAGUUGUAUCAUCUUUAUAAAGAAGUUAUAAAAAGUUAUAUAAAAAGUUAUCAUUUCUGGGUCGUUUAUACAUAACAAUAAUCUUUGUGGAACAUAAUAAACAAAACAAAUCCUUUGUUCAACCCCAAAAAUCAUUUAACGUUAUUAUUUUUUUUCAACUAAAUUUGUGUAACUUGCACCAAACACAUGCUGAAGAUCGGGUCUCUUUUUUCCCCCCAUUUUUUUAAAAGUCUUUGUUUACAACUUUCCUUGAAAAGUAUGCUUUUAAUACAGAAUAGCUGAAAGGAUGAUGAACUGGUGUCCAACAAAAUGAAAAAAUAACUAUCCUUCAAACUGGUGGGAUCAAUCCACUUUUUGUUAAGUCCCAUCCUCCACAAAGACAGACGUGCGUGUAUGUUGUUACACAGAACAUGCACCGACACAAAUGUACCUGCGUCAUCACAACAUUUUCACCUGUUAGAAGCAGUAAGGGCACUUAACACUGAAGACCUUUGUGUAAAGCGAGAUUACUUUUUGUUCAAAGCAGCAUUGUAUGCGUGGGUUGGGAGAAAAAACUGCGAUCAUCAAACUGUCAAAUAAAAAAAAUAACAGUUCAUUCUCGUUAAAUGUAGGUUUCUUGGCUAGAGAAUUGUACA